CUUCUUAGCUCAUAAGCGCUCUUAGGUUUCUUGAACGGCAAUCAGUCCAUUUUCUGCCCUUUGUACUUUUAGAUCCAAGAACCAGCCAGCGUUUUUGGAGCUGCAUGUUCCGCCUCUGCCUGCAAUGGCGACCGUCGUAGAGGUCUUUAUGGGAUCAUAUUCUUCUUCCAUACCGGUGGACUGGGAGGCGGAGACCUACCCGGAGUACGGUGACUACGCCUUGCUCCCCCUACUCGUCGCCUUCUUCCCCGCCUUGCGCUUCGUCCUCGAUCAAUUCAUCUUUGAGGUGUUAGCAAGACGACUUAUAUUUGGAAAGAGACAUGGCAAGCUCUCUGAAAUAAAUGAAAGGAGAAAGAAAAUUAACAAAUUUAAGGAAUCAGCCUGGAAAUUUGUUUAUUUUCUUUCCGCGGAACUGUUUGCAUUAUUUGUAACGUACAAUGAGCCAUGGUUUACAAAUACAAGAUACUUUUGGGUAGGGCCUGGCGAGCAGCUGUGGCCUGAUCAAAAGAUGAAGCUGAAGCUUAAGGCUGUAUACAUGUUUGCCGCCGGAUUUUACAUAUAUUCUAUCUUUGCACUUCUAUUCUGGGAAACAAGGCGCAAGGACUUCGGAGUGUCCAUAUGCCAUCAUGUGGCAACUGUUGUUCUGAUUGUUAUCUCCUACAUUUGCAGAUUAUCUCGUGCUGGGUCUGUCAUUUUAGCCAUUCAUGACGCAAGUGAUAUAUUCCUAGAGAUGGGAAAGAUGGCCAAGUACAGUAGCUGCGAGUGGCUAGCUGUUGUGGCAUUUCUAGUUUUUGUGGCUUCGUGGAUCCUUCUUCGGUUAAUAAUUUUUCCUUUCUGGAUCCUAAGAAGCACAAGUUAUGAAGUUGCUACGAUCCUGGACAAGCAGAACAAUAAAAUCUACAGAACCUCAUACUACUAUCUUUUCAACACUCUCUUGUUAUCACUUCUAGUCUUUCACAUAUACUGGUGGGUUCUGAUUUAUAGGAUGCUUGUAAAACAAAUCCACUCCAGUGGGCAUGUUGGUGAGGAUGUUCGAUCCGAUUCGGAAGGCGAAAAUGAUCAUGAAGAUUAAUUUAUAGGUUGUUGGAUGCUUAGUUCAAGAACUAUAUAUGUUGUUCACUAUUGGGAAUUAAAAUGCUGCAAACGGGUUUAAAAAGAAUGGGAAUGUCAAGGAGGAACUACUUAGCAUAUCGAUCAGGAGGAAAUUAAGGCGCAACAAAAAAACUGAAAAUGCUAGAAUCUCAGUGUCACUCGAUCAGUUCUCCUUGAUAGUUGAUACUCUAUCAUUCAGGAUCUUGGGGUAUCAACCUAACAUAUGUCAAGAUGUGUUUGUAUAAAUAUUGAGUUUCUUCAAGUUGUACAAACUAUCCUUUAUGUG